CAUUAAUAACAAUGGUAAUAAGAUUUUCUAAGAAUACCGUGAUAAGAAAAUUUUAAAACUGUAUAAAUAAUGUAAAUGUAUGUUAGUUAGUAUUGUUUGUAGCAAACAAACGAUAGCAGCAAUGGUUUUGAUUACUUGGGCAUUCGUUCUUCUAACUGCUACGGCAGCGACUGCGUUCCAACCUCCGAGCAACUUCAUCAUCGGCGGAGAGAACGCAUCUAUCCACGUCUACCCGAGUGCUGCCCAGAUAGAGUGGAAGAGCUUCCUCGAUGACGAGUGGAUCUUGAUCUGCGGAUCCACCAUCCUCAAUGAACGCUGGCUUUUGACGGCUGCUCACUGCUUUGUGCCCUUCUUCGUCGGCAUCGAAAGAAGCCGCAUCCGGGCCGGCUCGAGCCUCCGUGGGGAGGGCGGGCAGGUUGUCCACCUCAAGUCCUUCAUAGUCCACCCCGGCUACGGCGUCGCCGCCCCGCACGACUCGGACCUCGCUCUAGUGGAACUUGAGAGGCCACUGACCUGGUCUGAUGCUGUGAGGCCAGCCGCCAUCUACGCCUUUGGCACUGAAGUGCCUGAUGACUCUGCGGUCCAGGUUGUUGGAUGGGGCGAUACUGUGGGUGAUUCCCUCGAAAGCUCGUCAGGCAACUACGCAUCAACCCUGCAAGAGGUCACCCUCUUCACCGAAAACACGGAAGAAUGCAAAAUGAUCUACGAAGGGGAAGAAGUGGUGACUGACAACAUGAUCUGUGCUGGCAGCCAAGGGGUGGGGGACAAGGAUGCCUGUGCUGGGGACUCGGGCGGCCCAGUCUACUACGCUGACAGAGGCACUGAUGUUCUGGUGGGAGUGACGUCGUGGGGUCCACAGCCUUGUGGGAACCCCGUGCAACCAGGGGUCUUCGUCAAGGUCUCCGCCUUCACCAGGUGGAUUUUGAGCAAUGUCGUCUGAAAUACUCUUGAAUAAAUGGUUCUGAUUGAAA